GUUUGACAAUUUUUCUACUCAUUCGUGUUGAAACCGUUGUCUCAAGCGCAUCGUAGACGGACCUUCGUUUAAGCUUCGUGUGAAUGGGUAACGGAAAAAACGGCUAUCUCACAAAACACAAAAAAACCAAAACAUUUGUACAAGCAGCAGCAGCACCAGAAAAAUAAAUAAAACGCAACACAGACGCGCGCGUAUUUUGUGUUGUUUUUUCGUUUUAAUUUGAAUUUGUUGUUAUUAUUCGAUUUUAUUUGUGUGUUGUUAAGUUUUGGGGGUUCCUCUUUGGAUCUAUCUUCUUUCUAUAAGUUCUGCUGCUUUUGCUGCUGCUGUGUUUUUUUACGUGGUUUCACUGCUGUCACUCUGUUACUAAACACAAUUGUUAUUAACAAAAAAAAAAAAAAAUAAAAUAAAAAAGAAAAAAAAAAAAACGAAUGAAACGAGAUAGGUGCGUGUGUGUGAGAGCGAGUGUGCAGUGCUACGUGUAUGAAAAAAGUAAAUAAAUAAAUAACAAAACGAAGUGAAUAAAACGCAAAAAACAAAAACGAAAUUUAAAACACGACAACAGCGAAUGUUUAUAUACAAAACGCACACACACACACAGCUGCAGACGUGUUUAAAUAUUAUCGGUUUUUAAACAAUCAACACAAAAUGGAAAUGGAAACACCAAGUUUUGAAAUUUAUUAAAAGAAAAAUAAGAAAGUUUUUUUUUAAUAUAUAAUUUAUGUAUAGAAAAAUACCUAUAAUAUAUAAAAAUAUAUUUACCAAUGUGUUUAAAUAUUAAAAAAAAACCAACAAAAGCUUUAUUUGUAUUAAAACAAAACCAAAAGUAACAAAACGAAAAAUAGAAAAAAAUUAAUGAUAAACCGAAGAUUUCAAAACGUCGCGCGUGUGAAUGUGUUAAAUAGCUAGGUUAGCUAGCCGCUGGCUGCUCCCGUCCGUCUGGCCAAGUGUUUUCACAUUGAAAGCUGUUUCGACAAAAAAAAUUGUGUUUUUUUGCUGACGUCCGUAGAAAAGGUUUUCAAAAAAAAAGAAGAAAUAAAAAAUAAAAAAAAUCAUAAAAAGAAAAAAGGCAAAAUGCAAUGACAAGUGUCAAGCAAAAGUUAAUCCCAGUCUAUGGAAAGAUGAUGAAACACAGCUUUGCUUUAAAAUAAAAAGAGAAAUAAUUAAAAAAAAUAUAAGUUUAUUUUUAUUUCUGUGACCACCAAUAAUUCAAAUCAAAUACCCCAUUGCAAUAAUUUAUUUUGGAGUUGCAACAAACAUUAAAAUGUUCUAAUUUUUUUCAUUUUUGGAUAACACGAAAUUUCGUAAUAUCAGAAAAUUGAACACCACCCAAAUGUAUGGCCUUAAAAAAUAGGAGAACAACAACAACAGCAACAGCAGCAACAAUCAAAACAAAUCUGGAGCAGAUUCCGUGAAACAAAUAAUGGAUACAGCUGGUGGUGCGGUAGCAGCAGUAUCAUCAAUUGUUGCAGCCGCCAACCAAACGACAUCAUCGCCAGUGCCAGCGUCAUCAUCGCCAUCCGCAAAUGUUAUCAUCCAUGGCAAUCAGAGCCACGGCAACGUAGGUGCGGGUGUGGGCGGCCACCAUGACCAUCACCACCAUCAUCACAGUAGUUUAGUACACAGCAAUAUCAUUAGCUCGGCAAGCAAUAGUAGCAGUAGCAGCAGCAACAGCAGUAGUGGUAGCCUAAUUAUUGGUCAUGGCAGUGCGGGGAGUGGCGGUAACAUUGCCGGUGGCGGUAGCAGUAACAGCAGCACAAGCAGCAACAGCAGUGGUUAUGGCAGCACAUCGGCCACACCGACCAACAGUUAUGAAAGUCACGGCACUCCGACAACACCGGUCGCCAUUGCGGAACCCAUAAUACCCGUUGCUACGGUGGCCACAGUAACGCCGUUUUACAGUGAAGCUAUAAACCAUCAGGCGAACAACACGCAAAAUUAUUCCGCUCAACACCAGCAACAACAACAACCACAAUAUCAGUUAAAUUCCGCCUCUCAGCAUCUGGGCCAGCCAGCAGUGCCACAACAUUCCCAAACGAAUUUUUCAAACCACCAGCAACACCAGUCAUUGCAACAACAUCAGCUGCAGCCACAAUUACAACAUUCCCAAAGAUCCCAGUCCUACUCCUAUCCGACGGUCUAUGACUAUAAUCAGCAAUAUCAACAGGACAGCUCUCUGCUGACGCAGCAGCAACAGAUCCACCCAGGAACUGCAGCAACGGCUUAUGGUUUGGGCGCCAGUAGUACUAGUAGUUCGGGUAACUUUGAUCCCACCUUGCAAUCGAAUAGCCUCACACCUUAUCAACAGUCUAUGGGUCAUAGUUAUAAGUCGGUAGGUCCCACAGCCAUUCCCUAUGAACGUCAGCGAUCCUCAUCGGGUCAUUUGGGAAGUUAUCAAAAUGACACGACAGCCAACAAACACAGUCAACCAUUUGGAUCUACAUCCGCCUCAGCUGCCUCCAAUGCCUCGACCUCCUCUGGCUCCAACAAUUUGUCCGCAUCAAAAUCUCGUUCAUCUACAUCACUACUGGGUUCAAUGUCGUCCUCAUCCUCAUCAUCUGGCAAUCCCACCUCCUCGGUGGCCACAACUAAACCCCAGGCGGCAGCCACACCCUUCUAUGCCCAACCCUUGGCCCAGGCCCAAACGGCCAGUGCCAGCUCCUAUUAUGCCGAGUUGCAAAAGCACAAAAUGCCUCUAGACUAUCAUCAUGAUCAGUUUGGCAAUUUUCCCAAUGCCUCGGCCGCCGCCUAUCAUCAGCAACAGAAGUACUAUGCCGCAGCAAAAUCUCAACUAAAGGAGACGGGGAGUUAUGGUUCCACGCCGGCUAAAUCUCUGUACCACAAUGCGAAUAGUUUUUAUGGCGGUUCAAUGGCUCAACAUGGUGCAUCUUCUAUGCUGGCGCCCAAUGCAGGGUAUAUUUAUCCCUCAACGGCAUAUCCAACGGCUUUAGGCUACGAAUCCUCAUCUCUGGAUGCGGUUUAUCGAAAGUCCAGUGCCACGGCUCCUACGCUCAAUUCGUCAACAUGGCACUGGGGUAUGGAUUAUGCGGCGGGAGGAAAUAGCCGGACAACCGCAGCAGUGGCAGGUGGAACGGCACCUCCACCCACGGCGGCUGGCCACUUGCCCACAGCCACUGUGGCACCCACACAUGCCAGUUAUUUGGCGCCGGCCAACACCAGCCACAGGGAUCCCUACUAUAUGACAGCCGAUAAAUAUGCCAUGAAAUAUGACAAAUAUCCCGCUGCCGCUCCACCUCCGCCCUAUCAACAAAAUGCCUAUGUCAGUUCGCCGGCAACGAGACAUCAUCACCAUUUGUGGCCCGGAGGUGGCCAUAACCCAACUGCCGCUGGGCCACCACCACCCCAUUCUCAUGUUCCUCAUGCCGGCAUGCAUGGCAGUGUGAAUCCCUACUACAGCACAAAUCCUGCCGCAGCGGCACGGCAACCCUGUUGUCCCCAGCCGCCUUAUCAAACACAAAACUGUUACUAUCCUCCGACGGCGGCAGUACCACCACCACCACCCACAGGAAGGAUAACCCAUGGCCAACCAAUGGGGAAUUUAUCUCAACUAACAGCUGCCUAUCCCAACCAGCAGUCGCACAUGAAUCAGCCUGCCUCCAAAUAUCCGGCAAGUGGUUUAGACUAUCCUCCCUUAAGUGUUAAUAAACUGAAAACUCCAAAUGAUCUCUAUCUGGGUACACAUCACUACGAUGCCGCAACUGCCAAUCCGUCGACUCAUACACACCUAAGUCACCAUCGGCAUCCGACGGGCUAUCAAUAUGGUGCUGCGGUGCCCCCGGUGCCGGGAAAUCAACAACUCUACACCAGCAACCCCCAGCCCCACCAUCCAGCUCAUGGACAACAACCGGCGGUUCCGUUAAUUGCUCAUGAUCCCCAUGGCUCAGGCUAUACGAAUGAUCUCACCACCUCCUACGAUAGUUACCUGCAUGAACCAAUCUCCAACUCCAACUCGGCCGCCAUGGGUCUUGGAGGAGCGGCCGCCGAAAUGGCAGCCACAAAUUAUGCCGUGUCAACGGCCAAACGUGCCUUAUUGGAUUAUCGAAAACCCGUGACGCAAACGCCUCCAGGUGAUUAUUAUCGCCCAGAGCAAACGGGACACAGAGAAAAUGCUCAUCCAAACUAUGGCGGAGCCAGUCAUCACCAUUCAACGGGAGAUUUGCUGUUGAACAGCUCCGAAACAACAACUAGCUUUAAUGAAUAUGAUUCGACGGCGGCAUAUGGCCAUGAGGCUGCCGCCGAUAAUCAAUCCAAACCAGCCUCAGAUGAUUCUACCAAAAAUUUAAGCCUACGUGACUUCAUUGCCAAUUGGAAUGAUGAUGAGGAUGAUUAUGCGACGGGUAAUGAAGAACUUAUGGCCUUUGAUCAACAACAAGGAUCCGGGGUGAUCAAUGAGAUGUUGCAAAAUGUCAAUGUUGAGAGCUCUCAUGACGACACGACCAACUUGCUUCAGGAGAAACCCCUUAAGGCAGCGGAGGUUCCCCAGUCCUCCGUCAGCACAUUACCCGAGGAUAUGUAUGCCCAGCAAUAUGCCAACUUGCCAGAUAUUAUUGUGGACAUAGAAAAGUCCUCAAAUGUAAAUACUUUUGGACCAAUAGCCGAUGUUCAAGUGGCGCCCAACGUCAGUGAUAUGGAAAAAUCCACUUUAAAUAAUUUAACCACAGCAACAGGGGCUCAAGUGGCACCCAACGAAAGCGCCAACCCCACCGCAUUGAGUUUGGAUAAUUUUGAUGUGGAAAAGGAACUGGAUCAGCUGCAGCAAUUGCAGCGCAAAACUGGUGAGGAUUCGGUAAUUGUGAAACCCAGCCAACACAACAACGUGGUUGUGCCUGGGGAAACCCCCAAAAGCGACAUAACUCCGCCCGAGGAAAAUCCCCAACUAACAUUUGAGGAUUUAAAUUUGGAAAAUGCCAAAACAAACAACGUCCCUCCGGCGUCAUCAGCAACACGUCCAUCUGCCACCUCCGUAUCCAACGAUGCCGAAGGUUAUGACAGUGGCUGCAGUCGCCAUUCCAAUGAAUCCUCACUAUUCGAAAAGGAAUACGAGACCUUUAUCAAUAAAAUCUCCACCAGCUGUGAAAAUCUCAGCAAAGCCGACAAAGAUAUUGAACAAAAAGUCCAAGACUUUUCGAAGUUCUAUAAACGUAAACGGAAAAUGCGCGAUGAGAAUUCCAAGAAACCCACGGAAGAUCUGGCCAUGCAGGAUAAUAAAAAAUCCCGCAAUGAAGCUCCGAACUCACCGAAAGAAUCAAAUUUUCCCCAGGUCUACACAAAAAAAUCACGCAACAGAACCUCGAGUAAUGCCUCGAAUAAAAUGGCGCCCAAGCGUAGGAGGAAACCCUCAUCAUUCUACUACAAAGCCAUGCAAAAUAUACGCCGUUAUCCGCAGCAUCGUUGCCAGAUGGUAAGGGAUUAUAUGGCCGAUUUAAAGGAAAAACAUUUGCCGCUGAUCAAGAGGCAAUCCAUUAAAAACUAUUCCAUGCAAGCAAGUCCGGAGGCGGGGGAUGAAGAGCUUAGACCUCUCCCUCUGAAAACUUUGGUAUUGGGAGUUAUCAACUCCGAAGAUUUUCGGGAACGUUUUGUGAUCAGCACCAUGGAAAUGGAAGAAGAAGAGAUGGAAGAGGAUUGCACGGCCUCGGAAGAGAAACAUAUUUGCCCUGAUCCCAGCUGUGAAACUUGUGAGGUUAUACGUAGCCUCAUGGAAUCCCAGGAGGUGGAUGCUGCCGCUGCAGCUGCCAUCGGGGAUGUAAAUAAUUUUCAAACGGAUGUUGUAAAAUUAUCCGAUGAGGAAAUUAAAAAUUUGGCAAGUACCGAAGAGAUUAUUGUGGCCAAGGAAGUGGAAGAUUUGUCCGAGGGCAAGGUGGUAUUGAUACCAGAACUUCCCGGAGAAGUUAGUGAUGUAACGAAGCCGGAAGAGGAAACCAUGAUCGCCGAAGAACAACUGGCCGCACAAAUUUUGGAACAGGAACUGGCCCAGAAGGAUUUUCGGGAGAAUCUGAGUUCCUCAACGGGAGGAGUAAUACGUAAAGCAGAUCUCACCACCGUGACUUUAACGGAAAGUUGUUCCAACGUAAUCCAAUCCACAAAGCCGGAUGUGGAAACAUUCAAUCCUAGUUUUCAAGCAAUUGAUUCCAUCUCCGCUCAACCAAAGAUACCAAAUUCGGAGGAAGAUAAGCCCACCCUCACAAAUGAAAUAACCAGGGAAAUCCCACAACAGGAAGACCUAAUUCCCAUCAAUUCUGCAAGUGAACAUCCCGCUCCCAAAGAUAUGUUUCCGGAACAAAGGAAUCCCGUCAUAAAAAUUGUGAACAGCUACCCAAAUAAAGAGGAAUCACCCGCACAACUUAUGGUUCAGCCGGCCAACUCUGAACCCCGAGAAGAACCAGACCAACCCUCACCCAAACCCAUUGAUUCACCCCGGGCAACCAGUGUGAUAAGGAAAAUUGAAACAAAGCCCUCCGAUCACGAUUUUGAGGUAAAGAAAAAGUGCUACGAUCGUCCAGAUUUAGAUGCAGCAAGUCCACAAGCCUUGCAGACCACAGUCAUACGAAAAGCCAAAGGUAAAUCCCAACAAAGUGAGGAGAACUCCAACUCUCCUAAACCCCAAACAUCAUCCGACGAAAAAUCCCAAAAAGUCAAAGAAAAGUCCGCAAAAAAUCCUCCCAUAAUUCUAAGGAUAAAGGCACAGACCACCACGGUUAUACGCAAACAUGUCACCGCCAAUCCAGAGGGGAGCGAACCCAAGGAAUCGGCAAGUUCGUACAUCAACAAAACUUUUACCGUAUCCAAAGUUUCGCCCAACAAAUCCGAUUCGGAAGAGUCAAGUGAUUCGGAAUCAGACACAAGUAAUUCAUCCUCUUCCAGUUCGGAAAAUUCCGAUGAGGAAAGAGAUGAAAGUCAUAGCUCAAGUGCCAGCGAUUCGGAUACGGAUGCUGAGCCCGAGAAUGAGACACUGAAGACUCUACGCAAGGUUGUGGAAAAAUGCGAGAAACUUUCCAAAAUCCAUGAAACGCAAAAGAUGAAAACGGAAACAGGCGAUAUAUAUAAAACCAAAGGAAUGCUAAAAGAAUUUAAUCCAACACCGGCCGAUCUCAAUGAAGAUUCGAAAUUUAGCGAAGAAUCUGAUGUUCGAGAAGUGGUGGCUUCAAGUCCAAAGUUGGAAAAUCCAGAAAUACCUCAAGACAAAUUCAUUUCUAGUACACUAGCUACACCAAAGAGCCCAACGCCCGCCAGAAGUUCCCGAGCAAGUGAGGAAAGGGAGCUGCAAAUGCGCAGCAAUGAGGAUGAGGAUCAAUUGUCCAGAUCAUCGGUACUAGCCACGUCGUUGGUUCCUGAAACAGAUCUCGUCCAUGCUAAAUGUGAGGAUAAUUUGGUGGAGAAUGAGGAGGCACCUUUGGAUCUAUCAAGGCAACUAUCUCCCCUACAAACCCCUGUGGAAGACUGCCAUCAUAGUCCCAAUUAUAAUGCCAGGGAAUCGAAAGAGCCAUUGGAUUUUCAGGCUCAUGUGAGUUCCGAAGAAAGCGGUUUGGAAAAUAUUAAACCCCAGAGUCGAGAGCAGAUCAUCGAACCUGCUUCUACGCUCAACAACAUUGAAGAAAAGCGGGACGCUGCUUGCAAAUCUCCGGUUGUAAUAAGUGUUAACGAAAGUUAUCUAGGGAGCCCUCAAGGUAAUGAUGAAAAUUCUGCUGUAUUGUCCCCAAGCGGGAGUAAGAGCCAAGCUGGUCUUAACUUUGAUGAUCCUCUCACCAAAAAUUCCGAUCCAUCUGUUGUACCGUUGGAUAUCCCAUGCGAUGAAUCUGCAACCGAAAAUCAAGUUCAACAAUUUCAAAAUGAAGGUGUCUUUAUCGAUGAAACAAUCGCCAAACAUCCGGAUCUAUCCAUCCUACCUUUAGAUAUCACAGUCGAUGGAUCAAUCACCAAAAAUCAGGAUCAAACACCUCAAAGUUCCCUUGUUCCUGUCUCAACAACAAACAGCUCUUCAAUGGAUAACCCUGAAAGCGCUGAUAGUUCCUGCAAUCCAGAGAAGCAAGAGAUCAUAGAACUUUCAGAAGACUCAUCAUCUUCAGAAGAGUCAGACGGCGAAGAAGAUCUAAAUGUUCGAAACAAUCAGGGAUCCAGAGAUAAGUUCUCCCGUACCGCAUCUGAAGUAGUAAAUUCCGAAAACAUUGUGGACAUAACCGCCGACAGUACAUCCGACGAAGAUUUAGAAUCCGAAGACGAUGUGAUUUCCAAACCAAUUACUCCCGUUAAAUUGAGAGAUUUGUCAGAUAACGAAUCACGGCCAUCCAGCGUCGAUGACGCCAAUGAACCUCUGUUUGGUAAUGAAGAUGAAUCCCAAUUUAAUUUGGUGGCCAAGACGCCAGAAAUUCCAGUAGAAGCUUUGGAUGAAUCGCUUAAAAUCUCCUUGGGCCUACUGCUAAAAGAAGUUGAGAAUUGUGACAGUCUGAAAGAAACGAUUCCCGGAUCAAUCGACGCCAAAGAAAAUCAGAAGACUCAAGGUGCCGAAAUGGAUCUUCAAACAGGAAAUGACAAUGAAUCUCAAACUCCAACUUCUUGUGAGAACUUAGGGUCUAUCUCCAAGAUAAGUAUCCCAUUAAAUCCUUUGGAGCACCAUAAUUUGGAACUACAAAGCUCAGAUAAAACCUUGGCACAUAUCAUGGAACCCUGCUCAAAAUCUGGUUCCGAAGUUAGCCUCGUUCAUUCCAACUUGGAAGAUGCCGCACAUUCACCUACUGCUGACAGUUCUGUGUUGAAGGGUUCAGUUAUAGCAGAUCUGGGGGAUCUGUUUUCCAAAGACAUUAGACCAAACGUCCAGGAAGUUAAAUGUUCCACAGGAAAUCAAAAUUGUGAGAAAGGCUCAACAUUAGCGGAAAAAUCAAGAGAAUAUAGUCUUCUGGGGGAAAUCUUAGAGCCCGACACAAAGAAAACUUCGGUGUUCGCGCAUGAGUGCCAAGAAGAAACUUCCACGGGAAAUCGUGAUCAAAGCGAAAUAUCAACCAUAACCGACCAAAUAAGAGAGAAUUUCCUUUUUGGCGAAGCUCUAAAGCCAACCUCGAACAAGACUUCAGAAUUUCAAAAUGAAGACUUUACGGCUUCAUGCGACAAACAUCCAAAGAAUUCUCUUGAGACCAAUGAGAUACAAAAAAAUACGCCGGAGAGAAUUGAAAGCCCCAUUCCGGAACUGGAACCGAGAGAGGAACAACAACAAACUCCUGGAACUAUCAGAAGUCCCACUCCAGAAAUAGAAAACCAUGUUGAUCUCAGCAAUGAUUCAUCGACAUCUUCUGAGUCGACAGAUUCCAUCAACCAACUACCAUCGAUUCCACAGUCAGAGAAUUGUGUCGAGAUCGACAGAGAACAACAAAAGACAUCAGAGAGAAUUGCAAGUCCCACUACGGAACUGGAAGUGACAGAGGAACAACAAAAAACUCCAAAGAGUAUCGCCAGUCCCACUUCAGAAAUGGAAGCGAUAGAGGAACAACAACAAACUCCUGAGAGCAUCAGAAAUCCCACUUCAGAAAUGGAAAGCCAUGUUGAUCUUAGCAUGGAUUCAAUGGCAUCUUCUGAGUCGCCAGAAUCCAUCAACCAACUACCAUCGAUUCCACAGUUGGAGAAUUGUGUCGCGAUCGAUAGAGAACAACAGGAGACAUCAGAAAGAAUUUGGAGUCCCAUUCUGGAACUGAAAACGACAGAGGACCAACAAAAAACUCCAGAGAGAAUCGAUAGUCCCACUUCAGAAAUGGAGAGGCAUGUCGAACUUAGCAAUGAUUUAACGACAUCUUCGGAGUCAAUGGACUCCAUCAACAAAUUAUCAUCGAUUCAACAACCCGAAAAUUGUAUUGAGAUCGGUAAAGAACCACAGGAAACAUCGGAAAGGAUUAGGAGUCCCCUUCCGGAACUGGAAAUGGCACAGGAACAACAAAAAACUCCAGAGAGUCUCGCUAGUCCCACUUCAGAAUUGGAGAGACACGUCGAACUUAGCAAUGAUUCAACGACAUCUUCAGAGUCAAUGGACCCCAUCAACGAAAUAUCGUCGAUUUCACAACCAAUGGAUUCGAUUAAGACCAAUGACAAAGUUCCGGAGGGAACUGAGAAUCUCAUCCCAGAUCUAGAAAUAAGGGAAGAACAACAAAAAUCUCUGAAAGCCAUCCGGAGCCCCACUCCAGUACCGCAAAGUCAAGCAGAUCUAAGCGAUGAUUCAACGACUUCUUCCGAGUCAUCGGACGCAAGUCGCUCUGACGAUGAACUGGAAACCAUGGAUCUACAUAAGAGAGUUGAUCCGACCGGUAAUGAUUUGGAUAGACAGAGUUUCCAGGGACUAUUAGAAAAUAGAGAAACAGAUGCAGUUUCCCCAGUAACCCCAAAAAGGGAAAGCAAUGUCGAAGAUGAUACUGUCUCAGAUCACGACAAUGAAAAAUUGGAUUCAUAUUCGAACUUAAUACCCAAUUCGGAUGACAUUUCCUCACCAAGGCUAGAAGGAAGCAAAAUCUCAGACAAUGAAAGUGACACUUCAUCUCAAAGUUCUUCCGAUUCAUCGUCAAGCGAUGCUUCGUCUCCGAAAAGAGUGCUUGAAGAGAAUACUGUCCUGGAUCAUGAAAGCGACAGUUCGUCUCAAUCUUCAGAUUCAUCUUCUGAUUCGGAGAGCACGUUGUCACCCAAGGGAAAGACCGAAGAAGAUGCCCCAGACAAAUUGAAUAUUGAACCCAAGAGUGAUGCUCUUGACUUGCCGAAAUGUUGCGAAAGCUCUCAGGAAGAAGAUUGUGUUAGUGUCGCCAAAAUUGGGAUAAAUGGUCCAAAAUUCUCAACUCAAGCUGAUGAAGUUGUAUCAGAGUUUUCAAAAUCUUCCUCGACCUCGGUGGAUGUGGAUGCUGAAAUUAGCCACAGAAAAAUAAGUAAUAAUGUUGAUGACGAUCUCUCAGUUCCGGAUGAAAGAGAAAACGUUCCGACAUGUUCUAAUCCUUCCACACCUCAAUCUGUAACCCUACUCGAAAAGGAAAGGACUAAUUCCAUUAUUGAAAGCACGGCCGAGGAAAUAUUGGGGCAAGAAAAUCUCAGUGCUGAUCUCAAACAAGAAAUGUUACAGGAUAUCGCAGUGGAACCACAAACGAAAUCGGAGCAAAUUUCUCCUGAAAUUGAUGCCUUGAAGUCCCUGCAGGAGCCGCUCGAAAACGAGAAUAUAGAGAAGCCAAUAUAUUCAGUGGAUUUUGAUGGAGAAGUUGAUACCGAUAAAUCAACCGCGGAGCCUGGGGAAGUCGUGAAUACGGAAACAAAUUCACUGAACCUUGAUCCAGAAGUCGAAACUGAAAUCAGUGGCAUUGUUGAAAGUUCCGACGAUCCCAAAAUUGUAUUAGAUAUUCAGUUUGACACGUGCACAGUAUCAAAUUCAAAAGAGGACUCUCCAAACAAUGAUGAAUUUGAACCUCAAGAUUCCCAGAAAGAGGUAUUCUCAAUCCAAGAUGCAAGCCUUUCUCAGUCAGCCUUCUUAGAUGACUCUACUUCGACUACUAAAAUUGAAGUUAUGGAAACAGCGGCUUCCCAAAUUCCAGCAGCAAGUUUCACAAAGUAUGAAUCCCAAGAGAGAGCUAUUAAUGACUCUCCUUGCACAGCCAUAGAUUUUGUUGAGAAUUGUAAUGACGUUUUCAUUUCCUCAACUUCUGCCAAUUGCGAUGAAGGGAAAUCCUUGGACAUCGAAAGUAAUUCGUCUCAGGAGUCGAAAGAAGUUCUUCUCACGAAAGAAUCAUUAUCGCAGGAAACCCGUCAGCAAGAAACAAAGGAUAAGUUUGGGAAGGAUAAUCUUCCAACUCAAGAAGAAGGUUCUACGGGUGACUCUCCAAAAACAACAGAAGAAAUUUAUUCUCCGAGUCAAAUUCAAGAGGAUUCAGAAGAAAUACAGACAGAAAAACAGCCAGACGAGGUUGUCGCUUCCAGUGCGGGAUCGUCAGAGUUUAUUGAAGAAACAACGGAGUCAGAACUUAAAGUCCAACCUGAACUCCCAAAGAUUCCUAACGAGGCAACGGAGAAAGAAGUGGAAAGCAAUGCUGAGUUGACAGAGAAACUUGCAGAAGCAAUCCAAACAGAAGAUAGUACUUUUGAAGAAUUCCCACAGUCUUCGGAAAGACCAAAGGAUUCAGAGGUUCAGAAAGAAAUAAUAAUUGCUGAGGAACCAAGAGAAACCGAAGUUUCCGAGCUGGCUGAAGAACCCAGCGACUCAGAAGUUAAUAUCAAUCAGGAAAUCUCAGAGUCUGUUGAAGGACAUAUAACGUCGGAAGAGUUUUUCACCAACAAAGACAAUUUGACCGAGUUGGAGGAAACAGUGAGUCCCAAGGCAAUCGCAAAAGUUACUGGUGGCCUUGAAGAUCCACAACUGUCUCCACCCAAGGAGAAAGCAGCAGAUAAGGAUCCAAUGAGUCUCAAAGAAAUCUCGAAUAUAACACAUGGUGUUGAAGAUCCACAAAAGUCCCUACACGACGAAAGGGAGGUCAUUUCGUCUACAGAUCUUGAAGUUCCCAAUACUGUCUCAGUUUCCGAUCAUCUGCCAGAAACUGAAGAGAGCAAAAUUGAAGAGAACAUUGCUAAAUCCAGCCCAAAUGUCACCGAGACAAUCCUUAAAAAAUCACCCUUGCCACUGCGCAGUCGUGAGACAAGUCCUGAAAUGAACUUCUGGAAUACCAAAGGAAAAUAUCGUGCCUUAAGAAAUAAACGAACUAAUAUUUCGAAAUGCAAUAAUGAAUCUAAGCGAUCCUCGAGUAGAAAGAAGAGUAGCAAAGCUAACUUAUCCCAAUCCACCACAGACGAGUCAAGUGAGGACCAAGAUUUCAUUCUGGAGUCCCAGGAAAAAGUUGCAAUAGCUUUGGAGGUCACUGAAUCGCUGAACUCUUCUGUAAAUCAAAGUGAGGUCAUUGAAUCCCAAGAAAUUUCGGAGAAGAAGAAAAUUUUAGUAGGCAUUUCAGCAGAUCAAAGCAAGAGCUUGGAAUCAGAGAAGUUCGCAGAAAGCGUCGAUUUGCCCAAAGAAGUCCCACUUACUGCCGAUCAAUUUGAAAUUGAUUUGGAUGAUAUUCCCUUGCCGCCACCAAGGUCUGAAGAAAUUAAAAGGCCGGAGAUCGACAACCCAAGGCAAGAUGUUGCAACCAAAUACCAUAGUAUCAGAAAACGGGAUUCAUCUCCCAUAGAAUCCGCCAAAACACUGUCUGCAGACAUUUCAAAGAGUGUGAACACCCCUAACGACAGUAGCCCAGCUGGAGCUUACACUGAUGCAGAGAUUUCCAGCAAUUCCCCAGAUGAGACAACAGAAAAUGAUGAAGAAAUCGCCAUGGUUUUAUCUCCCAAGGAAACCUCAAGAACCUUAUCUGAAGAUAUAUCAAGCAGUGAGAAUACCCCUAAUGAAAGUAUCACAGCUGAUGAAUCCAACAAUGAUAAAUGUUUCAACAGUACAACAAAAGCAGCAACUGAAAGUUAUGGAGAGACUGUCUUAACUUCGCAUCACCGUCGUACUUCAUCUCCCAAAGAGCCUCGAAAAUCUUUAUAUGACGAUUUAUCAAGCAGUGUGAAUACCCCUAUUGGAGCAAACCCAGCUGAUGCAUCCAAAGACGCAGAAGGUCCCAUUAGUUCCACAGAUGCCGUCGUUGAAAUAGACGGAGGAGAGAUCGCCAUAAGGUCUGGUAGUCAGGAAACUUCCUCACAGAGCGAAGCUCCAAAAUCGCUGUAUAAACACAUAUCGAAUAAUGUGAACACCCCUAGUGCUACUUGCCCAGCGGAUGAACCUUAUGAUGUAUCAAAUAGUGUGAAUCCUGCAAAUGAAAGUAGCCCGGCUGUUGAAACUCAUGGCAUUAAGUGUUCCAGCAUUUUUGGCGAUGCCAACAGCCACGAUGGGAUUGACCUUGUUCCCAAUCAAGAUAUAUCAGGUCGUGAGAAUACCCCUAAUGAAAGAAGCCCAGCCGCCGAAAUAUCCCUUGAACAUUCCAACAUUUCAGCUGACAUAGCAGCUGAUGGUGACAAUGAAAUCGCCAGGAUCUCAUCACCCAAUGAACGACCCAAAACUCCCUCUGCAGAUAUAUCGUGCAAUGUAAAUACCCCUAAUGAAAUUGCCACAACCGAUGAUGACUUCUUGUCUUGCAAAUUUCAAACAAGUUUUGAUGAUGGCUCCGAUUUUAAUGGAUUCGAAGAUCCCCACGAGGAAGAGCUGCUGCGUCGUGAAGUUGAAAAUCUCAAUGAAGAUUCUGCAGCCAAUGAUGGCUUCCAAUAUGCCAUAAGCCAUUUAGCUGUCAACAAAUCCCCAAGCAAAUCAUCCGAAAUCGAUGAGCUCGAGGCCUUGGAAAAAGAACUUUCCCAACAAUGUUUAGCUCAAGAACGAGACGAGAGCAAAACGGAAGUUGAUCUCGACCUAGUGGACCGGCAAGGAAACAACGAGACUGAACCUCAACGGGUAAGCUUAACGAAUGUUAGCAUAUCAACAAAUGAUAUUGAACAUAUCAAAAAGAUGUUAGAAAGUGACGAAGAACCAGCCAAUGAGGAAAACGAAAAUGCAAGCGAUGAUGACACCCCCCAGAAGAAUGCCUCCGGUCUAGAAUGUAAGGAAAAUAUUAGCUCAACUAAUCUAUGUGUAAUACCAAAGUUAAGUGACCUUUGUAGGGCUGCCUUAAAUAGUUCCUUGAAUAUAAAAAAUCUUACCAUUGUACAAAGUAAUGCUAAUGCUAAUGAUGAGGAUUUAGAAGUAGUAGUUGCCACGGAAAUGCAAACCAUGGGCUUGGAAAGUAGUAAUGCCACUCCACAAAAUUUGCUUGUGGAGCGUGAGCUAAGUGUGGAAGAGGCCCUGGCGGAAAUGUAUCGCCAAGCUGGGGUUUUGCUUUCCGAUCCUGAGGAUAAUGAAAGUGAUAAGGCAUCAAUAACCCACAACAACAAUACCACCACCAACACCACAACUGCAGUGGCGCCCAAUCAAGAUUUGCUUUUGAUAAAUUUACAUGAAAUCCUAAAUAGCAGUGAUAAUGAUGUCUAUGUCUUACAGUGUGAUAUAAGUGACAACAGUAACAACAACAACAACCCCACCACCAACCAAGUUAGCGAAAAUAAUGCCACACCAGCCAAUUCCGAUGAAAAUCAAGAAAUCAUCUUGCCCACAGAAAGAUUUAAUACCCUCCAAUUGAUUGGCAUUGUCAAUCGGGAUAAUGAAGGCUCUGAAAUCCAUAUUAUUAGUUCCGAUUCCGAAAGUGAGGUUAUAAUUUUAAGUGAUUGUGAUACGGAUGUAGAAUUCCAACCACCACAGCCGCCACCCAAAUGUUUCUCCCCACGACCGCCACAUCGUGAAUACAUACCCUUCAUCACCGACUACGAGGAUCAGUCGAGUGAUAGCAUGUCCGAUCUAUCGACCAUACAUCAUGAAGAAAUCGUACCUGAUAACCUGAAUAAAUUUCUGCAGGAGGAAUUUUUCAAAUAUCUCCACGAGAAAUAUGCUCAAAAGAAACUCUCGCGAUAUUAUCAUGCCAAUCGCGUGCUGAAGAAGUACAAAAAGACUAGGCUACUGAAUAAAUAUAGGUCGUAGGCAGAUUUUAGAAAUGUUAAAUUAUUGGCCAUGUAGUUUCUUUCCGAUGUCUUACGGCCGGAAUUCCUCUGUCAAUAAAAAUUCUCCCUUUUGUUGUUAAAUGGCAGUAUUUUAGGUCUCGAAUCUUUUAGAUUUAUUUUGCCACUGGAACUAGAAAUUUUUUUCUUUUGUUUAAAAAUUGGUCUUUGAAUAAUUUUCCUAACUAUUACAAAAAUCUUUGCUCAGCCACAAAGGAAUGUUUCCUAUUUAAAAAUUUGACUCUGGGCGAUUGAGGCAAUUCUUUCUACAGAAUAUAUCAAGGCUUAAGAAAAAAGUCGUUUUGAAAAGACAACAGAAAAUGAUGAAGAAAUCGCCAUUGGUUUUAUCCCCCAAGGAAUCUUCAAAAAUUCUAUCUGACGGUAUAUCCAGUACUGAGAAUACCCUGUGUGAUCACUUUCAAAGUCGAUUUAUGCGUCCGUCUUCCCGUCCGUUCCCUCGUCCGUCCGUCUGUCCAUGCAUUGUUGUGAACAAAAUUCAGGUCGCAUUUAUUAUCUGAUUGAGAUGGAAUUUUCAAAACAAUAUUUGUAUCACAGCUAAUGAAACCAAAUAUGAUAAAUGUACAACAAAUGCAGCAACUGGAACUUGCGGGAAAACAGUCUUGGCUUUAUCUCCCAACGAAGCUCCAAAAUCUUUAUCUGAAAAAUUUUUUAAACAGUGAGAAUACCCCCAUGGGAGCAAACCCAGCUGACGCAUCCAAAGACGUAGAAAGUCCCAUUACUUCCACAGAUGCCGUCGUUGAAAAUGACGGAGGAGAGAUCGUCAUAAGGUCUGGUGGUCAGGAAACUUCCUCACAAUUUUUUCUACAGAAUACAUCAGAGCUUAAGGAAAACGUCGGUUUGGAAAGACUGAAGUAAUUCCUUCCAGUAUAGAAUUAGUAAAUUUCUUAGUAUACAAUCUGCUGAGAUACCAUUUGAGGCCUCAUUUCCGAAAACCCUAAAUACGUAAAUUGAGAAAAUGUAUUUUUAUCAAAAUUUGAAACUUCUCUUACAUCUUAACAAAAUCUCUGAGACAUAAUCUCCAAAGAAUCCCAAAUUCAUUCUCUUAAAAUAUAUCGAUCAGUGAGAACAUCCCUAAAGUUUGGUAUCUCCUUAUAAAUCCCUAAGUCAUUGCCGUAUUUGGAAAAUAUAUUAAUUCGUGAGAAGACCCCUAAUGCGGCCAUUGACGCCGACUUUAAAGUUGAACGUUUGCUCUCACGAUCAACGAGCAAAUGUUCUCUUCGCCAAAACUGGAUCAUAAGGCAUAUACAACCGUGCAAACACCCUAAUGCUACUAUUAUAUCAUUAUUUGAAGUUGGUCACUUAAGCGUGGAAAACGACCUGUCACGUGUCUUUGACAGUAAUAGAUUUGUCAGGACUUCGUCUCACAAAACAUAGAAAAUCUUCUCUGUGAAUAUAUCAUACAAUGAGAACUAACCUAAUAAAAUAGUACAGCUAACGCAAACAGGCUAUAAUGUUCAUAACAGAAAAUGAAAACAAGAUUCUCAGCCCUUCGUCUGCCUAUGAACCUUCAAAAGCAUCCUCUUAAUGUAUAUCGAACCCUGUGAGACCCCCUAAGGAAUGCAGUCUAACCGAUGUAACUUGCGAAUUGAUGUUUUUCUUUGGAAAAAUAAUCUCCAGCUCAGACGAAAGAACUAAUUGUUUGAAUAGAAGAAAAACGGGACGCAUAGCUAAGGUUUUUGUUUCCAGCGAAUGAGGAUUUAGAGAAAAAUUGGUCCUUAGCGAAAGAGGAUUUUUCUUUUCUACAAAAAAAAUUAUACUUAGCGAACGAGGAUUUUUUUAUAGAAAAAAUUGGCCCUCAGCGAAUGAGGAUUUUUUUUGGCCCUCAUUGACAAUUUUUUUUUGUAAAGCGCUAAGGACGGAUUUUUAAAAAGAAACAACUCCUGGGUUGGAUUUUUUUAAUAAAAAAAAUCUUCUGUCGCCGGCGAUCAGCCAUAUGGUAAGAGAGGGUAUGUCUCAUUUGAUACGGUCAAAACGUGCAUAGUCGAAAUGACGGUUUUAGGCCUUAGGUCUCUUUGGACCAAAUCCGUUUUAGAACAUUUGGAGUCGAUCUAGCGAUCCGUCCGUCCGUCUGUCGGUCGGCUGUCUGGUGCGCACAAUAACUCUCGAAGGUAGUAUCCGAUUUGAUCCAAACUUGGUACAUCGUAAUAUUUUUGCCAAACAUAGAUCGAGUUUGGAGAUGGGCAAUAUCGAUCCACUUCAUAUAGUACCUCCCCCACAAAGGGUCAAAAUUUUGAAUAAUUACAACUCUUAUAAAACGUUAUGUAAGAGUCCGAUUGUCUUCAAAUUUCACACAUAUCAAUAUUUAUAUAACCCCAAGAUCUGGUGUUAAGAUGGAAUAUAUCGGUCCACUCCUUCUGGUACCUCCCCCUAAAUUUUGAGUAUCCAUUGAGCUCAUAAAACGCGAAAUUAACAUCGGAUUCCAAUUAGAAGUUUCUAUCAACACAGGAUCUGUUAAAAAGGGUGCAGAACGGACCAUUCCUCCUGCUACCUCCACCACAAAGGUGGAGGUAGUUUUGAAUAACCCAAACGUUGAUAGAAUCCGAAAUAAGCAUUAGGUUCUCUUUAUAUUUCACACAUCCCAUUAUUUCCACUAACAAAAGUUCCGUUGUGAAAAUGGGGUAUAUCGGUCCACUCCUUCUGGUACCUCCCCCACAAUGGCUCAAAAUUUUGAAUAUCCAUGAAGCUCAUAAAAAGCGAAAUUGACAUCCGAUUCUAUUCAAGACUUGGUACAUCCGAAAAUUUCCAUUAGCACAACACAGUCCAAACCUAGCACGAUUUAUAUCAUAUUUAUUUAGGUCCGAUACGAAAUGGCCAAUUCCUUCGGAACCAACUGAAUUAGGGGUUAAACAUUUGAAUAAGCAUAACAGAAGUAAAAAUAUUUUUAAAAAAUCGAACAUUGGCUGAGGGUAUACAUCUGUCGGCAAAACUGACAGAUACUUUUUAACUUGUUUCAAUAUAGAUCUGUAGUCCCUUAGAGGUUUUUUUUUUUUUUUCUAUUUAUAAAAAUCUCAGUCCUAAUUCCUGGAAAAUGUGUUUUCCCUUUUAUUGGAAAUGACCUUUCCUGGGGUCAUAUUUUUCUUUAAUUUUUUUUUAAAUUCCGCAUUUAAUUAUAAUUUUUCGAAUAAAAAUUUAAAUAUCACAGCCUCUGAGAGGAGAUAUGACAAUAAAACAAAUUUCAUGGGCAAUGGUGGCAUGUUUUUGCAACUGGCGUUGUUGUUGGCAUUUAAUAUUAAUUACAUUUUGUAAAACAUGACAUUUGAUGUUAAAUUGUUUUUUUUUUUUUUUUGUUCACAUUUUGUUGUAGUGUUUCCCUCUUUUUUUGAUGUCUAGUAAAUCAUAUGUAAAUGUAGUUACUAUUUUUGUUGUUGUUGUUAUUGAAAUAGUAGUUUUAAAUGCAAAAAAAACGGAAGAAAUGUUGUUAUUUUUUUAAAUGGUUUCUGAACACGAGACACGAGAUUUACUCACAGUUAAUAGGUGGUAAUUUGUUUUGCAAACCCUUUCACCCUCUAACGCCACCACCACCUCCUAAACUUUCACCUCGUAUUCUUCUUUCUUUCCUCUCUCUCUCUCUCUCUCUCUGCUAGCCCGGCUAUUUGGUCAUUAGUUUUUUACUAGACAUGAUUUUUAUUAUUAAUAAUGUACAAUAAGUAAGAAAACAAUAACAAAUAAUUUUAGCACAUGUGUUUUUUUUUUUUGUAUAUUUCAAAAUCCAUUUCUCUAGAUUUUAUUAAUUAUUCAAUGUUGUUCUUAGUCAUAGUUAUUAAUUAUUUUCUUUUGUUUUAAAUUUUAAUAUGUAUUUGUACACACGGUUGAAAAUGUAAAUUUAAGCGAAAAAAAUAAAUAAAUUUAUAUAUCUAUUUUUUUGUAAUAAUAAAAAAACAGAAACACAGAAAGAAAAUCUCAACAGCAACAUAUUUUUAAUAGUCUAAAUAUUAUUUAUUAUUGUGUAAGUAAUUGUAGUGAAAAAAAAGAAAAUAAUAAUAAAUACCAAACACCCAAAGUGCAUUAAAAAAUAUACACACAAAUAUGUUUUUUCGUUUUUUUAUAUAUAUAUAAGAAAAUUUCGAAAUUUUGUCAUAAGCAUAAGUAAUAUCAAUGUUUUUUGUAGACCAAAUCCGACCUUGAAUAAAAAUAUUAAAUUUUGGAUAAUCAUAACUUAAAUAUAUAACUCAAAAACAAGUAAAAAAACAUUAAGUUCGGCCGGGCCAAACUUUUAAUACCCUCCACCUUAGGGUAAAAUAAACAUUAGAAGAAAUGUGGCAAAAACCAUUAAAAUGCCGAUUAUGGGGAGGUACCGUAAUAUGGGGGCUACACCAAAACGUGGGCCUAUAAUUACAAUGUUUCGCCACACGAACUAGGACCCAUUAUGGCCCACAAAUACCAAUUUUUAGACAAAUCAGUGAAAAGAUGUGGCAAAAACCAUCAAAAUACCGAAUAUCGGGAGGUACCUUUAUAUGGGGGCUAUAUCAAAUAAUGGACCCAUGCAUGCAAUGUUUCGCCACCGAAGCUGGAACCAAUUAUGACCAACAAAUACCAAAUUUCAGACAAAUCCGUGAAAAAAAUGUGGCAAAAAUCAUCAAAUUACCGAAUAUCGGGAGGUCCCGUUAUAUGGGGGCUAUACCAAAACGUGGACCUAUAAUUACAAUGUUUCGCCACACGAACUAGGACCCAUUAUGACCCACAAAUACCAAUUUUUAGGCAAAUCAGUGAAAAAAUGUGGCAAAAACCAUCAAAAUACCGAAUAUCGGGAGGUACCGUUAUAUAAGGGCUAUACCAAAUCAUGUACCCAUACAUGCAAUGUUUCGCCACCGGAGCUGGAACCCAUUAUGACCAACAAAUUCCGAUUUUCAGACAAAUCCGUGAAAAAAUGUUGCAAAAAUCAUCAAAUUACUGAAUAUCUGGAGGUACCGUUAUAUGGGGGCUAUACCAAAUUUUGGACCCAUACAUGCAAUGUUUUGCCACACGCUCAGGGACCUGCUAUGACCUACAAAUACCAAUUUUAAGACAAAUCCGUGAAAAAACGUGGCAUAAAUCAUCAAAAUACCGAAUAUCGGGAGGUACCGUUAUAUGGGGACUAUACCAGAACGUGGACCGAUAUAUCUCAUUUUCAAUACCAACCAUCCUAGACACAAUGCAAAUAGCUCUGCUAAAUUUUGGAGCUCUACGUCAAAUAAUGUGGGCUGUAUCGUGAUUUCAACAGACAGACAGACGGACAGACAGACAGACGGACAGACAGACGGACAUCGUUAAAUCGACUUAGAAUUUUAUGCUGAUUAUGAAUAUAUAUACUUUAUGGGGUCUAAGACGAAUAUUCAAGGAUGUUACAAACGGAAUGACAAAGUUAAUAUACCCUCCUUUCCAAGGUGGAGGGUAUAAAAAAAAUAGAGAUGAUGAAGGUCCAAAUUUCAAAUAAAGACAAAUCGAAUAUUAACACAAAUAUACAAAGAAUAUUUAGAAUUCGAAUAUCACUAACAAUCUUGAAUGCUCCAAACCGUACUUUUAUCGAGUUAAGUGUUGGACACUAGUAGCGAAAAAGAAAUAGAAACGCAGUAAGUUCGACCGGACCGAGCUUUGAAUACCCUUCAGAAUUUAAAUGAAUUUGGAAAUUUUCAAAAAAAUCCGUUACAAAUUCUGUUUAAAUCUUAAAAAAUACCGAAUAUAACCUUACAUUGAAUACCCCACCAUUUGAAUGAAUUUGGAAAUUUUCAAAAAAAUAAUACUCGUUAAAAAUUCUGUUAAAAUCUUAAAAAAACCGAAUAUAUUUUGGUCUAUACGAAGACCCGGACCUGCAUAUGCAACUUUUGUCCAUUAAGCCAUUACAAUAUUCAAAUACGAAAAUUGAAAACAUCCGGUGAAUAAUGCAGCUUUAAGCAUCAAAAUACGGUAUGUAGAGAGGUACCGUCACAGGCUGUAGUACCUAGAACUUCAAAUACGAAAUUUCAAACAAUUUCGGUGAAUAUUGCGCCUAAAAUUGUCAAAAUACCGAAUAUAAGGAGGUACUGAUAUAUGGGGCCUAUACGAAGACCAUAGACAAUUUUCUGGCAUAGACAAAUCCUAAAUACGAAAUUUGAAAUAGCUCCGGAGUAUAAUGUCCUUAAAAUUAUCAAAAUACCAAAUAUUGCGAGGUACCGUUAUAUGGCGGCUAUACCAAGACCUAGACCUGCAUAGACAAUUUUCUGUCACAGGCUGUAGGAACUAUUAGGAACUUCAAAUACGAAAUUUCAAAAAAAUUCAAAUUUCAAUUUCGGCGAAUAUUGUGCCUAAAAUCGUCAAAAUACCGAAUAUAGGGAGUUACUGAUAUAUGGGGCAGACCUGGAACUGCAUAGACAAUUACAAGUGUUUACCACUUGACGUUUACAAGUUGCAAUUCAAAACUCAGCUGACUGGCUGGCCGGCCUGUUUCUCACUCGCAUUUAUAGCUCCUAAUCUAUGCAUGAAUGUUUUGAGAAUCUUCUUCCAUUUUACAAGUCUUUCCUAACCGACGUUUCCGAUCGUUCGAUAUUCAAAACACAGUGACUGGCCGGAAUCCUACUCACUCGUAUUUAUAGCUUCUAAUCUAUACAUGGUUUUUUCGAGAAUCUUAACCCAAGGAAUUUCAUAAUAUUCCAAUGAAAUACAACUCCGUCCAUUCGUCAAUGUGCAUACACACAUAUACAAAGGAGCACUGUUUGUAAACAACAAAGUGGACAAUAAUUAUAAAUACGAGUGAGUGAGUGAGUGAGUGAGUGAGUGAGAGAGAACUAUUGAUGGUGUCGCAAUUAUAACUUUGAGGCUAAGACUGAUCUAUAAAAAAAUAGACGUGAUAUACCCUUCAUUUAUGUGUGAAGAAUGGUUCAGAAAAAUAUAUAUAGACUGGAAAACGAAAAAUGGUUGAAUAAAAUUGGAAUUUGACCUAAAAAUAGCACAGGAAGAUAGGUAAGUGGUAUGCCACAUGUCCAACCACUCAUAAAUGAACCGACUUCCGAGAAAACAUUUUGAUCUUCUCAAUUAAAAGAAAAAAAUAAAUGGGAUUUGUUAAAUUGGUAAAAUCCGAAUUCUGUAUAUGAGUUUCAGAAAUUGCUACGCCAAACAGUUUAUUUUUGUUUGCUCUGUGGCGAUAACAAACCAAUUGCCCGUAGGAACACUGUUGAAUUUUAGUUCCACUUCUCUCCAUCCUUGGUAAUUUAUUUCUUGGACGAUAAUUUUGGAGAUUUCUUUGGCAGUAAUGUUUUCUAGACAAACUGGGACUAACAAUUCAUCCCACAGUCUCUUGAAAUCGAUAUAGAUUGACAAAUUAUUUUAUGUCCAGUUCUGAUAUUUUUGGCGAAAACAUUGGGUUAUAAUGUACGGGUUUCAUCGCGUCAGGUUUAGGUAAAGGCCCACAUAUAAAGGUAUUAAAUAAUUUUCGGUAUUUUAAAAAUUUCAACCAAAUUUCGAACCGAAAGAACUGAACUUGACUUUAGGAUAUAUAAAAGAGUAAUGAAAUAACUGACGGAAAGAGAAACGAUUUCCAGACGAAACGUCUAAAGCUACAAUAUUGAAAUUUGGCACGGGGAUCAGUCUUGUUGUGUUGUCUAAAAUUUGCUAAAAAUUAUAUUGGAAAAACGGAAAAAUAUCUGAAAUUUUAAAUAAGGAACACUGAAAGGUUGCAGGAUAGUUCUACCAAAUAGUUUUAAAAAAUACGAACUUUAAGGUUAAGGAAAAGUUUUAAAAUGGUACUAAACUUCUAAAGAGGUAUCAUUUGGUAUUAUGUGAACGGAUACAACUAGAAACUUGAAAAUUUAGUAUGACAAUCAGUGUUGGAAAGAAAGUUUGAUAUUUGAAAUUGGUUUUGGAAAUGUGUACCAAGUGUGCGAACUGUGCUACAUGGUACUGAAUUUGGAAAAUUUUAGUAUAGGGUGAACAUAUGAAGCUGGAAUUUCGAAAUUUUGUAUUAUGGGAUCUUUGUUGGCGGUAGGUUUGUAAUACAGAGGUGAUUUUUUGAAAUGUGUGCUACAAGUGCACGAAAAAGUACUAAAUAGGUCUACAUUUGCUACAAAUUGGUGUUAGGUUAAGAUAUAGUGUUUGAAAAAUGAAAUUUGGUAAAGAGUUGCUGUUCAUGUGUAGCCUUGACAUAUGGGGGUGGUUUCGGAAAGUUGUACAAAAAGUACUAAAUAGUACUAUAUUUGGUAUUGGGUGAAAGGAUAGAGAUAAAAUUUUGAAAUUUCAUAUUUAGAUUACAGAUGGUAUCUGUGUUUGAGAUUUGGCGGUGGCUUGGCAAUGCGUCAUAUAUUCGUACGAAAAGUACUAAAUGGUACUAAAUUUGGUAUUGGCUGAAGGGAUGCAGCUGCAAUCCCGAGAUUUCAUAUUAAGGUGUCUGUUAAUAUCUGAGAUUGAAAUAUGGGAACGUUGAAAUAAUUUUAGACAGAAAAGCUGGAUAUGGGUCCAUUGGGUAAUGUUUUUACUCAUAUCCCCCUCGGUAAAUAUCAAAAUGAAAAGUUGGAAUACUUUUUGCUGUAAAAGUUUAAUAUUUUCCCUUUUAUUUUUUUCGUAAAAGAAAAAUCUUGAAUAAUAUAUAAAACCUUGAAGGUCUGAAAUUUAGUACGAUAUAUGAAGUUUUGAUUAAAAAAACUGAACAAUUUGUGCAUUUUGAGUACUAAACAUUUUAAGACGUAUCUUUCCCUGACGAAAUAGCGGGCACUUGUAGGUACUUUACAAUUUCGGUAUUUCUAUAGGUUGAAUACAUGCCUGGCCUAAGGUUUUUGAAUUAUUACAUACUGCUAAUAGUAUUUUAUAGGUCCUAUUUUUCAUCUGAUUGGAAUUGUAAUCUUUUUAUUUUGAGUUCGGAACGAGAAGAUGCCUAUCUAUAUCAUGAACAUUUUGAGAACUGUUAGAGUUUCUAUAGGUUUUGAAGCUAUAACUUCCAUGACGAAAGGUAAUUCUUCUUUUUUAGCCGUUUAUAUUUCGUAAAAACUAUUUCACAUUUUUAAAAAUUUGUCGACAAAAAUUCAAAAUUUUUAUCCUGCGUGAGGUUUGGAGGAUUUAUUUUUUUUUUCAUAAAAAACAAAAAUAGUACAUUCAAGAUAUUCAUACAAUAUUCCAAAUUUUACACAAAAAAAAAAAAACAGGUAAAAGCGCUUAAAUAAAAAAAAAACGUUUUUCAAUAUUUUUAGCUCAAUUUAUAUUAAAUAUAGAUCUAAAUAGAACUAGUUGUUAAGAAUAUGUGUAAAACUAUAUUUAUACAAGUACAACAAACACACAGCUUUUUCUUGUCGUUAACAUUAGUAAUAAAUAAAUAAAAACAGUAAUAUACACUAAAAAUAAAUAUAUAUAACAAAUAGUAUACCUACAUAUUUUGUAAACAUUCCAAAGGACCAAUACAAGCAUAAUCAAUAAAUGUUGUUUUUUUUUUUUAAUAAAAAUAAAUAAA